AUGCCUGCACCCGUUCAAGUGGCCUAUACGCCAAUCCACAAACCUCGAGUAGGCGAGAACAACUACCAAGGCUUUGCUCCUGGUCGUCAAGAGAUUCUUCCAAAGGGUUGGAAGCUAUGCCACGAAACGAAAGCCCUGACUGAGGAUCUGUUGGUUGAACAUGAUGUUGAAAUAGUUGUGCGCGAUGGCUGCAGAUUGUACGUCGAUAUAUAUCGCCCGGCCAACAGCUCCGAGAAGGUACCUGCAAUUAUGGGCUGGUCCUGCUACGGAAAGAAAUACAGUUCCUACCACAUGUUUCCCCGAGUUGUAUGGAAUGUCUGUGUCAACCCUUCCGACCUCUCUGGACUGGAAAAAUUCGAAGGCCUCGACCCUCAGCUCUGGUGCCCCCGCGGAUAUGCGAUCAUCUCGGUCGAUUCUCGCGGCACCGGUAAUAGUGAUGGCCAGAUUCCUUUGAUGGGCUCUCAAGACGGCGAAGAUGGUUACGACGUUGUUGAGGCGAUCGCUGCAAAGCCUUGGUGUAAUGGCCGGGUCGGAUUGGCGGGGAAUUCAGCGCUGGCGAUCUCUCAAUGGUUUACUGCACAGCUAGCCCCGCCGUCUCUUGCAGCGAUUGCACCUUGGGAAGGGGCAGCCGACAUCUUCCGGGAGCAGUUUUGUCGAGGAGGUAUAUUCUCUAUGAGCAAUUUCGAGAUGAUCACCGAGAAAAGUAUUCGGGGAGGUUCGGGAGUGGAAGAUCUGGCUGAGAUGUACAGACGCUGCAAGACGUCUAAUACAUAUUGGGAGGACAAAAGGGCAGAUAUGUCCAAUAUUCAGUGUCCAACGUUUAUCGUCGGAUCUGACCUGAGCUCUAUACAUACUAUGGGGUCUAUUCGAGGCUGGAUGGAGAUUACGCACGCCAAUAAGUGGAUUCGAUGGUCCGGAUAUCAAGAGUGGUUUGAGUUAUAUUGCAACAAGGAAAUGGACGCAGAAUUACACCAGUUCUUUGAUCGUUACCUUAUUGGCAUCGAGAACGACUGGGAGAAGACACCUCAAGUCCGCUGGACAUCCCUGCAAUUCGGCGAUCGCAAUCCUCGCGAGAAUCUGGUUUACGACAACUUUCCGAUUCCGCAAACCGACUAUCGCGAACUAUUCUUGCAUGAAAAUACCUUGAUACAAGAGCCAGCUUCAUCGGCGUCUUCAUUGUCAUACAAUUCGGAGGAUCCGCAAAAUUUCGCAGAAUUCUCCUUUACUUUUACGGAUGCGUCACGAUUGAUUGGGCUACCAAAAGCAACCCUCUACAUGUCGUGCAAGGAACAUGAUGACAUGUGUGUAUAUGUGAUCAUCCGGAAGAAGGGUCGCGACGGCACACCUUUAAUGCAUCUGAACUUUCCUCGUGAGGUCACACCCGUUCAACGAAUUGCCGACAUCAAGCCUGAGCAACGGACGAGCACAACCCUUUUCCUGGGACCCACUGGCCAGCUUCGAGCCUCUCAUCGGAACUACGACUUGAGCAAAAGCAUCCAUCCCCAAUUUCCUUUCCAUCCGCAUGAUACGGAGGACAAAGUCACCCCUGGAGAAAUUGUGAAACUUGAAAUCGGCAUCUGGUCGAUGGGUAUCGACUUCGAGGCCGGAGAAACGAUCAGCAUUCGCGUUGGAGGGGUCUUUCCUAGUAUUGCAGAAUACUCUGCUUACCAUAACCCACGGCCCGAAGAAGAGCGUAACAAGGGGGUUCACACCAUCCACUUUGGGCCUGAACACCGAAGCAGCAUUAUCCUACCAUUCAUUCCUUUGAAAUAA